GAACGAGUGUUAGCGAAAGAGAAUGCCCAGUUUGGUUUAAUAGCGAUUCGAUCGGCAAAUAUCUUUGUUGGACCACCGUUAACGCAAUUAUCAUUUAAUGGAAAUAUUACAGGAAAUGGCGGAAACUGUAGGAUUCUAAGUGCUCCAACUAUAUGUUCAAUCGAUUGUGCAGCGUUAAGCCAUGAUGAACGAACAAUUGCUUAUUCCACUUCUACAGCUGUUAAGCUAGUUGAUCUAAAUACAGGCCGUGAAAUGCGAACUUUGGUCGGUCAAAAUGGUCGAAUAAACAAUGUCACACAAAGCAAUAAGUCAAUUUACUCAUGGGCAUCAGUGUCAUCAGAUUGUACAAUAACAAUAUGGGAUACACGGCAACAUCCCGCCAAUGUUUUAACUCGUCGACUUGAUCGAUCUGCGAAUUGCCUUCUUUUCAGUCCAAAUGAUGCCUUUAUUGCUAUUGGAUCUGAUCAGUUAUAUAUGAUGGAUCCUCGUAUCAGGGAUAUGAGAUCUCUUCCAACUUCAUCUCAGGUGCUUCACGUUUGCUUUCAUCCGUCCUACUACCUUCUUGCAACUGGCUCCGAUGAUCGUCUUGUUCGAUUCUGGGAUAUUGAAUCUGAAGAAUGUGUUUCGAAAAGUGAACCAAGUGACGGCGCAUUAAAGAAAAUUGCCUUUCAGAAUGAUGGCUCAUUACUUUUCACUUUGACUGACCGGCGUUGUGGAGCGAUUUGUUGGGAACCAUUCGAAGUGCUUGGUCAGUGUUUUCUCACUGAUUCUAAUCGGUCAUUGACGUUAACUAGUAAUGAUUCGGAUGUUCUCUUACUUGCUCAUUCAACAGUGACUAAUAAAAUUUCGCUUUCUUCGCUACCUAUUGCGGUAUUUUUUAAAGAAUUAUUUAUAAUUGGUACUUUAAAAUAUAUAAAACUGGAACUUUUUAAUAUUUAUAUUCUAUUAUGGCUUAUAUAA